AUGGCUUCAUUCCUUGAAGAGCUCUGGAACUCCAUCUUCACUCCUGGUCCCACUCCGACUCUCUUGGUUGCCACCAAUGCCGCCUUCGCCGCCCUUCAAUUUCUUCUCCUGAUCCUUCUCAUCGCGACUUACUCCCUCCACUUCCUCGUGUUGUCUGUCCUCUGUGCUGGUCUUUGGUACGCCAUCAACUGGUUCGCCACUGAAAUCGCAAAAGAACAACAGGCCCAGAAAGCAAAAGGAGCAAAAGAAAAGAAGGAUAGGAGUCCUGAGCCAGAAAACGCGAGUGAUACCGAGACCGAAGCCCCUCCCCCUGUCCCGCAAGAUGAACCUACAAUGGCCACUACAACGUCGUCUGCACCACCUCAAAGUCAGAGACAUGAAAAGCCGAAGCAGGCGCCUCCGACUGGCCUAGAACCGAAAAUGGCGGAGAGUACUGAUGCGUUUAGGCGUCGGCGCAGCCUAGGCGAAAGCUCUGGUUAUGUCAGCACCGAUAGUGAAUGGGAAAAGGUUUCGGAGGGAGAAGAGAAAAGCAAGUGA